AUGAAAAUACACGAACGACUUAAUGAAGAUCAUACGAGGUUCUAUAUUGGACAAAUAAUCUUAGCAUUCGAAUAUCUACAUGAUUGUCAUGUUAUUUAUCGAGAUCUUAAACCAGAAAACAUUAUCUUAACAGAUCGAGGAUAUAUAAAAUUAAUUGAUUUUGGUUUUGCUAAACGAACAACUAAACCAACAUCAACUAUGUGUGGUACACCACAAUAUAUGAGUCCAGAAAUAAUUCUACAAGAAAAAUAUGAUAAAUGUGUUGAUUAUUGGGCAUUAGGUAUUCUAACUUAUGAAUUACUAACUGGUGAAACUCCAUUUGAUGGUGAAAAUGAUGAAGAAUUAUUUGAAGCUAUACUUCAUAAUUCUAUUUAUUUUCAAGCUACAAUAUUUACAACAAUAUCGACAAAUUUUGUUCAAAGUUUAUUAAUACGUAAUCCACUUCAAAGAUUGGGUUGUACAAUAAAUAACUCAUUAGAUAUUCGUUAUCAUCCAUGGUUUCAACAUUAUUUAUAUUCAUUUGAACAACUUGAACAACAAUCUAUAUCUGCUUUCUAUAUUCCAUCGAAUUUAACUGAUUAUACAAAUCAUUCUUUAAAAUUUAUUGAAGUUACACCACUUAUAAAUCCUAUUAAUGACAAAAUACUUGAUAAUUUUUAA